GAGCGCCCGAAUGGCGCAGUGCGCCUGAGCGAGAAAGAGAGGAAGUGGCGGCUGAAGCAGGUCCGCACCUUUUCCGGUAACACCGACAGCAGCACGACCGGGACCGAAAGAGCGACUAGAGAGGAACAGACGGGACAGAACCGAGCCGGGGGCGCGAGAGGGCGGCUGUUACAAGAGGGACGGAAGAGGGGGACUCGGGAUGAACGACUGACGGUGGGAGCGGAACGAACGAUCUGAAGCGCGUCGGAAGGGAAUGAACGCGAAACCCACGCGACCCGACACCGGGUUCACGAGUCUGAGACCCCGGAGAGGCCCGUACACACAUAACGAGCUCUGUUUCUGAACUCUGCAGGUGCUCUCCAACAAGAUGGGGAAGAUGCUUUCGAAGAUCUUCGGCAACAAGGAGAUGAGAAUAUUGAUGCUCGGACUGGACGCGGCGGGAAAGACGACGAUCCUUUACAAACUCAAACUGGGACAGUCGGUCACCACCAUCCCGACGGUGGGCUUCAACGUGGAGACCGUCACGUACAAGAACGUCAAGUUCAACGUGUGGGACGUGGGCGGGCAGGAUAAGAUCCGGCCGCUGUGGCGGCACUAUUACACCGGAACCCAAGGCUUGAUCUUCGUGGUGGACUGUGCGGACCGCGACCGGAUCGACGAGGCUAGACAGGAGCUGCAUCGCAUCAUUAACGACCGCGAGAUGCGCGACGCCAUCAUCUUGAUCUUCGCCAACAAGCAAGACCUUCCGGAUGCCAUGAAGCCGCACGAGAUCCAGGAGAAGCUGGGCUUGACUCGGAUCAGAGAUCGCAAUUGGUACGUUCAGCCCUCCUGCGCUGCGACGGGCGACGGACUCUACGAAGGGCUCACGUGGCUCACGUCCAACUACAAAUCCUAACGCGAUUGGGCGAAGACGCGCCCGACUAGAAGCAAUUAACCAAUGGCUUCUGUCUGUACACUUCGGUUUAACUCGCAUUCUUUGAUUUCGUUGACAUGUAACCCGACUUUUCUCUCGUACACUUCUGUCGAAUGUCCAUAAAGUGUUACUUUUUCGGAAGCUGUGGGCGCGUUUUCCCGAAUCCCGGAAAAGGGGUGUUUGUGUCUGGUUUGUUCGUCCAAAAAUGGCAGCUUGUUUGUUUACCUCUGUGCCAUCACGUACAACGAAUGUAUGGAGAAAAUCGCUAGGAGCAGAGCUUCGAAACGAAGCCGGAGGAUCCGUGUUCUGUGAAGAAACUGUCCCUGAAGGAGCGUUUGAUUCGACAUCCUUCCAUAUUCACACUGUUCUUGGCCUUUUCUGGAGGUGCUCCACUAAAGACGCUGUUUGAGCAUCAUCUCGAGUGUUUCUGAUCUAAUCCAGACGUCUUAACACGUUUCUAUCUCCUCAAACCACACCAAGCCUCUCUUUCUCCUACUAAAUUAAUGCUUGGAUUUAUUAUUUUGACUUAUUUGUUAUGCUGAAGAAAUAAUAAAAUCUAUAUAUAUAUAUAUA